GCAAGUUCUUUUCAUUGAGUCGUGAAAUUCGUGAACAGCAAGUUGUGUAACUUUCCUUGUUAAUCAGUAAAAUUGGUUUAAAAAUCAUUCAAAACCCAAAACAAAGCUUCUUUUACACGUGACUAAUGCAUUCGGAUCUCUCCGCCCAUCUCCACACGCCAGAGUGCAAUCAGCUGAUUGAUUUGUUGAAAAAUUGCCACGAAGAGAACAAAUUUGCCAAAUUCAUCGGCGUGUGCAACACCAUCGACCAGCAGGUCGUCAACUGUCUGCGCGGUGAACGGCGCGAGCGAAGUCGCGUGAACCGGCAACAGGCCGCGGAGAAGCAACGCCGCGUCCAGGAACGGAUGAAGCAGUUCGAACAGCAGGAACCCAAAUCGAACUAACCAUGAGCGCCGCCGAUCUGGAAGG